AUGUCGCUGUCAGAUUUCUCUGACUUGACAGAUUUGUCUUCUGACGAUGAUGACUUCCCGCCAUCCAAAACAAGUCGGACAACGACUCGGACGUCAAAGAAAGGGAAAGGUACCAAAGAAUACAAAAUUUCGGGCGUCUUGCGUGCGCCACGGACCACAUCAUAUACAGCAAAGUCACUUUACGACCAAAUCAUCGAAAAUGCAAUUGACCUUGAUCCAGAAUACCAACGUGACGUUGUAUGGCCAGAGCUAAAGCAGUCCGGUCUUAUCGACUCUAUGCUGCGAAACUACUACAUGCCUCCAAUAAUAUUUGGCAAGUCUAUUUGCCACCCCACCGAUGAUGGCAGUGAACUGCGAACUUGCAUAGAUGGGAAGCAAAGGCUGACUUCAAUACAAAGGUUCACAAACGAAAGACUUUGGUACAAAGAAAGCGCCAGUGGUUCUAGGCGAAAGCUCCUUCCAAAACAACUUAUCCAUCAAUUUUCGAACAAGCAGAUUGUAUGUGUCGAGUACAGCGACAUCAAUCCAGAUCAGGAACGCGAGAUCUUCCAGAGAGUGCAACUAGGGGUUGCGCUUACUCCUGCAGGUCAGCACCGCUUUUUCAUUGUUGUACAGUGGCUUGAUGCACACCUUGUAGAACGCAUGCAAGCAAUUGUUGGCCCUUGGCCUACGGUCAUUCGGGAAAUUCAAAGCCAAGUGCUUGGCGAAGAUGGAUUUCAGGGUUACCUUGACUGGGGUCAUGCACGAGGACGUGACUUUCAGUGUGUGGCAUCUAUAGGCUACCUCAUUGAGAACCACCCCAAGCCUACUGUUCCCUCCGCCCCGACACUUGAAAAGUGGCUCUCGAAGAGCGACCCUGUCUCUCCGAAGCUUCGCGAGGACUUGCUAGAUACGUUCCGUGUCUUUCUCACCCUUGCUCGGGACCAGAAAUACAGUCGCUCGCUCAACAAGCCUACUCGUGUCUCUCCCAUAGAGUUUGUGAUGAUCGGUGUUCUAAUUUACCUCUUCCGUGAUCGGCUGUCGCUUACACAACUCUCCUCUGCCAUUGAAAAGAUGCGAAAGGAUGUACGCGACGACCACCAAGAUAUUCGAGCAAAUGGCAGGAUCACCAAGCAUAUGUUGUCAUUCAUGACCAAAAGGCUCAAAAUAUCUGAGCUAAAAACUGAUGGGGAAGGUGACAAACCAGCCGCUGGAAAACAUACAAAAGCCAAGAAACGGAAGAGGGUUGCAGAAUAUGAUGACGACAGUGAAGAGGAAGAAAAGCCUCGCAAAAUAAAUGCAUCGAAGGUCUCAAGUGAGCCAUUUUAUUGA